AUGAGCAAACUGUUGUCAUGGCUGGGGCCAGUGGCCGUGGGGGCAUCUGUGGCUUACGUGUAUGCCGCCAACCACCCCUCCGCAAACCAGCUGGAAAGCGGGGUUGCCUACCAGUUCCCUCUCACCACGCUCAAGUACUGUGGUAUUCUAUUUCUUAUCUACGUAUCGGGCGUGAUGCCACGAAAUCCGCUCUUCCCCAGCUUUGUAUUUCGCCACAACAUCUUUCCCCUGCUAUACAAGCUGUACUGCAGCUACGCCAUUGGCUACUGCGUUCUCCGCCCCAUCAUGCAUCACCCCGUUGCCUACCCGCACUCGAACCACCACAACGGAAUUCGCUGCAUCGACGCUGGCAGUCCGCUGCGACUGAAGCGUGCCCCGCCCGGUACCACUGACGCCUUUUCGUUUCUCACCAGGUUCUACGCGCGAGCCGGCGGUGUCGUGGAUGUCGACCUGUGGAACGGAUCGGUCGUGCGUGGUGUUGCCGUCGUGCCGGUUCCCAUCUUCGGCGACAACUACGCCUACCUUAUCGUUUCAAUGCAAACGCACAAAGUCGCUGCGGUCGACCCGGCGGAUCCGGAGAUGGUGCUGCGCAUCAUGGAAUCCCUCCGCACUACUCUGCAAAUACCGCUGCAGCUGACCGAAGUGCUCACGACCCACAAGCACUGGGACCAUGCAGGGGGCAAUGAGAUGCUAGCGAAGUUUUCGAAAAAGGAGCUAUCGGUGCCACCGCGUGGGGAGGCCGGCGUCAACUAUGCUUCAGAUAUCCCCUUGCUUGAUCCCAACCUGCGCUUUAUCGGCUCUGAGGAAGACGCGCCUCUCUGCUGUGACGUCCUGGUCAACGACGCGUCGCCUGUGUUCGAAAUUAUGGGCGGUGCAGCGAAGGUGCAGGCAAUGGCUGCCCCCGGCCACACGAAGGGGUCCUUAGUUUUUGUCGUAGGGUCAGCAGAGGAGGGCGUCUUUACCGCCACCCCAGCCCGCGUCGCCGUCUUCACAGGCGACAGUCUUUUCUGCGGUGGGUGUGGCGCGCCGUUUGAGACGGCCUCAGUAGCCCAGAUCAUGAAGGCGCGCGCGACGUUUCUGAAGGACCCACGCAUGCGAACGCAACCCGGUACUGGGCAGGAGGUGACUGACGAGGACAUCCUUCUGUACGUUGGGCACGAGUACACCGAACGGCUCUUGACAGAAGUGAUGACACUGAUGACGCGCGUCAUAACAAGGAGCCGCGCCCCCUGCGACCCGCGCUGUAAGGACUACGUGCGUGCAGUCGCUGAUUCACUACGCGAGGUGAAGAUGCUGCGCACUGAGUCGGAUGGGCUCACAGAUGCGGCGCACAUAGGGUGCGAGACGGAUACGCAGAAGCCGCGAUUCCGCCUUCCGUCGUGCACUGUGCCGUCGUCGCUAGCGGUGGAAAAGACUGUGAACCCGCUCUUGACCGUCGAUGACGAGGUGCUUGUCGCACUGGCGAAAGCAGAAAAGGAUGGCCCAAUAGACUCGAAUGAGGUGGAGCGGGCGAUCUACUGCUCUGACCGCCGUUGCCUCCCUACUUUGACGAAGUAG